UCGGUUACUCGCCGGGCUGGAGGUGGGGGCCGGUCUCCCACUGGGUUGGUGCGUUUUGCGUUCACCGCUCCGGAGCCGAGCCCGCUGGCUCCUGUUGGUCCUUUGCAGCUGCUCUGGUGGCUGCCUACUUACCCCCGGGCCCCAGGCUGCAGGGGCAAGAGCCAGCGCGCCUCCCUAGGACCACGGCUACCAGAGCAGAAAGGACUCAAACAGUAUAUAAAUCCUGGGCGACGAGACAGCGUGGUUGCAGGCCGUUGAACUGGAGCUCCCUGUGGCUUUCUGAGGCGAGAGUGUGUGGAGAGGGGUUCCUUGCCCGCAGGCUGCAUCAUGCCAGCUCUGUCCACGGGAUCUGCUAGUGACACAGGUCUCUAUGAGCUGUUGGCUGCACUGCCAGCCCAGCUGCAGCCACAUGUGGAUAGCCAGGAAGACCUGACCUUCCUCUGGGAUAUGUUUGGUGAAAAAAGCCUGCAUUCACUGGUAAAGAUUCAUGAAAAACUCCACUACUAUGAGAAGCAGUGCCCGGUGCCCAUUCUCCAUGGUGCGGCGGCCUUGGCCAAUGACCUGGCGGAAGAGCUUCAGAACAAGCCAUUAAACAGUGAGAUCAGAGAGCUGUUGAAACUACUGUCAAAACCCAACGUGAAGGCUUUGCUCUCUGUACAUGAUACGGUGGCUCAAAAGAAUUACGAUCCUGUACUGCCUCCUAUGCCUGAUGAUAUUGACGAUGAGGAAGACUCCGUAAAAAUAAUUCGUCUGGUGAAGAAUAGAGAACCACUGGGAGCUACCAUUAAGAAGGACGAGCAGACUGGGGCAAUUGUUGUGGCUAGAAUCAUGAGAGGAGGAGCUGCAGAUAGAAGUGGUCUUAUUCAUGUUGGUGAUGAACUUAGGGAAGUGAAUGGAAUACCAGUCGAGGAUAAACGACCUGAGGAAAUAAUACAGAUUUUGGGUCAGUCUCAGGGAGCAAUUACAUUUAAGAUUAUACCCAGCAUCAAAGAAGAGACACCCUCCAAAGAAGGCAAGAUGUUUAUCAAAGCCCUUUUUGACUACGAUCCUAAUGAGGAUAAGGCAAUUCCAUGUAAGGAAGCUGGGCUUUCUUUCAAAAAGGGAGAUAUUCUUCAGAUUAUGAGCCAAGAUGAUGCAACGUGGUGGCAAGCAAGGCAUGAAGGUGAUGCCAACCCCAGAGCUGGCUUGAUUCCCUCAAAGCAUUUCCAGGAAAGGAGAUUGGCUCUGAGACGACCAGAAAUACUAGUUCAGCCCCUGAAAGUUUCCAACAGGAAAUCAUAUGAGGAAGCAGUUGAGUGUGAGGAAAUUAAAGAGGAUGCUGAAUAUGCUGGUAACAACAGUGGAACAUAUAUAGCUGGUUUUAGAAGAAGUUUCCGUCUUAGCCGAAAAGAUAAGAAAACAAAUAAAUCCAUGUAUGAAUGCAAGAAGAGCGAUCAAUAUGAUACAGCAGACGUACCCACAUAUGAAGAAGUGACACCGUAUCGGCGACAAACUAAUGAGAAAUACAGACUUGUUGUCUUGGUUGGUCCUGUAGGAGUGGGGCUGAAUGAACUGAAGCGGAAGCUGCUGAUCAGUGAUACACAGCACUACGGUGUAACAGUGCCCCAUACCACCAGAGCGAGAAGAAGCCAGGAGAGUGAUGGUGUUGAAUAUAUUUUCAUUUCCAAACAUUUGUUUGAGACAGAUGUACAAAAUAACAAGUUCAUUGAAUAUGGUGAAUAUAAAAACAACUACUAUGGCACAAGUAUAGACUCAGUUCGGUCUGUCCUAGCUAAAAACAAAGUUUGUUUGUUGGAUGUUCAGCCUCAUACAGUGAAGCAUUUAAGGACACUAGAAUUUAAGCCCUAUGUGAUAUUUAUAAAACCGCCAUCCAUAGAGCGUCUGAGAGAGACGAGAAAAAAUGCAAAGAUUAUUUCAAGCAGAGAUGACCAAGGCACUGCAAAGCCCUUUACGGAAGAAGACUUCCAAGAAAUGAUUAAAUCUGCACAGAUAAUGGAAAGUCAAUAUGGCCAUCUUUUUGACAAAAUUAUAAUAAAUGAUGAUCUCACUGUGGCAUUUAAUGAGCUCAAAACAACUUUUGACAAAUUAGAGACAGAUACCCAUUGGGUACCAGUGAGCUGGUUGCAUUCAUAAUUACAUGAAAUUUCCACACUUGUGGUUUUUUUUUUUUUAACAUAGAAUGCAUGAUUAAAUCAGUUGCCAUUUGGUGGUAGAAUUUUUUAAUUAUAUCACUAUCAUAGAUGUAUAAUCUUGGUAAAAAUUGGUGGUUUCAUUUGUAUCUUUUCACAGCUUUAUUUGAAAUAUGUGUGAUUCUAAAAUCUAAAAAUCAAAAUGUGCUCAGUACUAUAUUCUGAGCAAAACUUUGGACCUUCCAGUUGUCUUUAAUAUAUCUCUGUCUGCAAUGUGAGGUUGGAUUUUUUAGAGACAUAGCUAGAGACAAUAUAGAUAGAUGUUUUGUACUCUAACUGGUCUCAUCUGUGGCCUCUGCCAUUCAAUUUAUAUGUUAGUAGUUGUAGGUAUUAACUAAAUAAUCUCAAGCAGCUCUACAAGCAGGUCAGCUUUGUAUUUCCAGGCAGAUCACCAUGGACUUAACUGGGCUGGCAGUAAGACAUAGUCUUCUUACUACUUUAAAAGUACAAACUUUUUCUUAUAUCUACAAAAUAUGUUCACAGUGUGUACAUUUUAAAAUCUUAAAGGAGUAACUGAAUAUUUACCUCGAGUGAGUGACCUCAUAUUAUAGUUUAAGAGUAGGUCCUAGGAGUAUAUAUCAGUGACAUAACAUGUAAGAAGGGAAAACAGACUUAUUUUUUAAUACAGAGGUCUCUCUGUGUUGCUCAGGCUGGCCUAGAAUUUAUCAUCCUCCUGCCUCACACUCCCAAGUAGCUGGAAUUACAGGUGUGUGCCACUACACCUGGCACAAUUGACUUUAAAAAUUAUUAUAAAUAUAACCAAUAGCCUUUCCAUAUGGUAUUAGUAAUAGUGAGCAAGAAAUAACUACAAAGGAUAUUUUUAUUUGUAAAUCUUCAGAAGACAUUGUUGGAGUCACCAAAAUGGUAUUUUGAGCAGGCUUUGGAUUUCCCUAAUAAAUUAUGUUAUUCCUGUUCUAAACCAUGUAAAACAUGUUUUAUAUGUUAGUGAUACAGUUAAAAAAUGAUCACUUUUCUCAUUUGUGCAGUUGAUCACCAUAUGUGUAAAUUGUGCUCUGUUUUAGAAAACUUUUUUAUGUAAUGUAACUUCUGUCACCAAAAUGAUUCUUAACACUGACCAUAUACCAUCUUAACCUAAAGAAGUAUAAGAAGGGCUGGGGAUGUGACUCAGUGGUAGAGUACUUGGCUAGUGUGCACAAGGCCCUGGGUUUGAUCUCCAGCACCACACACACACAAAAAAAAAAUAAGAAGAAGAAGAA